ACUAGCUCACCCCAAACUGCAGAGGGCUAAACUUGGAGGGUGCAGGUUUUCACACACAACAACUUCUGUGGGGGUCCCAUCUCUUGCUAUAGUUCCAUAUAAUCCUUUUUUAUAUAAAAGCCAGUGUAUCCUCCAUCAUUGCCAGUUCAGGAACAACCAACCCAUUUGCCAGUAGACAGAACAAGCCCCACAUUCUCCCAGUUUAUUUGUCACUCGAUGCGUCCGGGUGGCCCAGCUGUACAGAGAUAACACUCACUCGCUGACGUCAGCUCUGCUAUAAGAAUACUGGGGACUUACUGGCUCCCAUAGACUCACUGCAACUUUACAGAGAGGACUCACCUACCCAAAGACAAGGCACCCACAGCAUGCGUGAAAUAGUUCAUCUGCAAAUAGGCCAAUGUGGCAACCAGAUUGGAUCAAAGUUCUGGGAGGUGAUCAGCGAUGAACAUGGGAUCAAUAACCACGGCAGUUAUGAGGGCAACUCACACCUACAGCUGGAGAGGCUCAACGUGUACUUCAACGAGGCCCAUUCCCAAAAGUAUGUUCCAAGAGCCGUGUUGGUAGAUCUGGAACCAGGGACCAUGGAUAGCCUCCGUUCCAGCAGUAUUGGACCUCUGUUUCGGCCCGACAGUUUUGUCCAUGGAAAUUCUGGUGCUGGGAAUAACUGGGCUAAGGGACACUACACGGAAGGAGCAGAGCUGAUUGAAUCAGUAAUGGAUGUGGUGAGAAGUGAAAGUGAAAGCUGCGACUGUCUACAAGGGUUCCAGCUGGUCCAUUCCCUUGGGGGAGGCACAGGUUCUGGAAUGGGCACUUUGCUCAUUAAUAAGAUCCGGGAAGAGUACCCAGACAGGAUCAUGAACACAUACAGCAUCAUGCCCUCUCCCAAAGUCUCCGACACAGUGGUGGAGCCGUACAACGCCAUCCUGUCCAUCCACCAGCUGAUAGAAAACACAGACGAGACCUUCUGCAUUGAUAAUGAAGCCCUGUAUGACAUCUGCUUCCGCACCUUGAAGUUGACGAACCCAACCUAUGGAGAUCUCAACCAUUUGGUUUCCAUGACUAUGAGUGGAGUGACGACGUCUCUGCGCUUUCCAGGGCAGCUCAACGCCGAUCUGAGAAAGUUAGCCGUCAACAUGGUGCCUUUUCCACGUCUCCAUUUCUUUAUGACGAGCUGUGCUCCUCUAACAUCACGCAGAAGCCAGCAGUACAAAGCAGUGACAGUGGCUGAGCUGACCCAGCAGAUGUUUGAUGCCAGAUCGAUGAUGACAGCUUGUGACCCACGCCAUGGCCGCUACCUAACAGUUGCUGGUAUCUUUCGCGGUCUGAUGUCCACCAAAGAAGUAGAUGAGCAAAUGCUGUCUAUGCAGACCAAGAACAGCGCCUAUUUUGUAGAGUGGAUCCCAAACAAUGUCAAGGUGGCCGUCUGUGACAUACCACCCCGUGGCCUCAAGCUGGCAUCCACUUUCAUUGGGAAUAACACAGCCAUUCAAGAGAUCUUCAGGAGGAUCGCUGAGCAGUUCUCUGCCAUGUAUCGCCGGAAAGCUUUCUUGCACUGGUACACUGGUGAGGGCAUGGACGAAAUGGAGUUUACCGAAGCCGAAUGCAACACCCACGAUCUCAUCGCUGAAUACCAACAAUACCAGGAGGCCACUGCUGAAAUGGAAGAAUAUUUUGAAGAGGAGGAGGAAGUGGCUGAAGAAUAAGGAUCACAGAGAAAGUGAUCAACUAGGAGUGUGGCAACUCCAAAACAACAGAAUAACUAUUUAUCCAAAUGUGACUCAACCACCAGAUAAAAAAAAAAAAAUGAUAGAACUGUGACGGCACACAGACUUUCCCUUUGCUUGUCCUGGGACUUUUUGGAGCUGGUACUUUUUAAUAUUUGUGGUUACAAAUAGAAACAUAUAUUAUGGCUUUAAAGCACGUUUUCUCAAACUUUUCUUCCCACGUCUACUUCCUAUCAUUUCUCAAGAUUCGAAAUGAUAAAAGAGGGUUGAGUCACGACUGAGGAGAUUACAGUUCAUCGCAGGGAUUGGGAGUCAAAACUGAAAGAAACAAGAUGAACUGCUGCCACAGAAAUAGCCAAAUAAAAGGCAGGACAAGAGAGAGACAGGGGUCUUUCCAGGCCAGACCAUUGAGUCUGACAUCACAAGUUUGAGAAACGUUGCUUUAAAGGGAUACUGUCGGACUAUUUGUGCUUGAAAAGAAAAUAUCAUGUGAAGUUAAGUUUUGUGAUUGUUUAGGGGGGUGGGGGGUAUUUCAUUGUACUCUUGGAGCCAUUUUGCUUUCAUUGUUAAAAUAAAAAACAAAACCCAGUUGU